UUUACUUUUUGAAUUUUUAAAAAUGCGAUUCAGGGUUUUCGUACAUUUUUUGGAGUUGAGCAAAAAGAAUUCAUUUGUAUUUUUUCUAUUAUACUUUUUUAAUCUGUAAUUUGCUGUUUAAUUGUGUUCUGUAGCUUGUUGGUUAAACUUUUAACAAGAUAGGAUGUCAAGAAAUAGCUGUAAUUUUUAAAGUGCUUAUUUGAAAACAGUCUUGGAAACAACAGGUUUAAAUAGUACAACCAUGGAUUUGGAAAUCAACCAAGAUGCGAAAGCAGAUGUAGAGCCCAAACCUGUUGAGCAAAAACCCAAGCCAAAAUCCAAGAAGAAACAACGAAAGGUACCAUCGGAUCCCACCAAGCGAAGGACAUUCCUCUAUGAUUCACGCCACGAUAACCUAGGCCAUUAUGGAGUCAUCGUUGAGUGGGACGAAAAGAACCUCACUCACAACCAAAUUCACAGCAAGUUCGAGCGAGUUUUGUCCGCUCUCCGAACUCCGCCAGACACUGCACAGGAAGUAAAGCGAUCCAAGCAGUCCAUCAAGCGGAAAUCAAUGCCCUACUUCCGGCGAACCGGUCGCACCAAAGGCAUCGUUACGUUCAACUCCGGGUCAAACGCAAACGCCUUCAGCGCAGAAAGCCUUCCAGACUUCCGAACCUUCAUUCCAAUGUCCUUCGUCGUAACGAUCGGUGUUGUCCACUUCAACGCUCCAAAAAUCAACAUCAAAGAAGCGUUCGCAUCCUGCGCGGACAACAAUCUCGAAAUCAUGCAGUGGCGCAUAAAACGGCUCGAGUCCAACAAACUGCGGGUCACGUUCGCCGUCUGCGGGACGGAACUGCCGGGGUCGCUCCUGUUCCACGACAAAUCCCAUCCGGUGGAGCGGUACGCCCGGCAACCGGUGCGUUGCAAUCGGUGCCAGCGGUAUGGUCACCGAACUGGGAGUUGCUUCCGGCAGGCACGCUGCGGGACUUGCGCCCAGGAAAGGCCAGUAGUCGCUUCGGCGUGGCACGCCGAAAAGGCUUGUCGGAUUGUGAGAGCUGACCGGGGUAAGGUGCGGUGCACGUACUGUAACGAGCGUCACGCCACCGGAAGUGCGGACUGUGGAGAGGAGAAUUAUCAGCGACCGUACAAGGGACAGCUGGCGAAGCACAAUAUGGACUUUGUGAAGACGCUGGAGCUGGAGAUCAUUCCGAUGGUGCGCUCGACGUCGAUUAAUUCGAAUCGGAUCUGGUGUGAUUGAAAUGGCACGCUGUAAAAAUGUGUUACAAAGUCUUACGAAGAUUGUCAAAAAGUUAUGGAAAAGAAAACAUAUUAGUUUGAUCCAAAGAAGAAUACAUUUUUAAUAAAUAUAAAUAAUUUUUCGUA